UGCUACCCGCUUUGCUCCCGGCGCGCCCGGCGGGCGAGAGUACCCAAGCGAGCACCUUUGGCAAGUGCUCUCAUCGGGUUUCCGCAGAGGUUUUUCGACUUUGGUCUUGUUUUGCUGUUUCCUUCUCCGCCUUUUUAGCCCCGAUUAUCGGAUCUCAGAGAAACCUGUGCGUGUAUGCGGUUCGCUGGCCGCCCGUCCCGCCGCCAAGUCCGUUCGUAUGCUUUCCGCUUUCUACCUGUUCUUUUUCUGCUCUUGUGCGGCUGCCUAUUCUCGAACCGGGCAAAUGUUUUACGCUGGGCGCUACCGUCCGAUUCUCCCAGAUGACUGCUUUAUAUAGAAAGUGCUGGGCCCUACGUGAACGAGGUAGGCCUGGCUCGCCGACUCUCAUGUGCUACUGUGCGUGAAACACUACGUUCAUACCCGGCCCCGUCUACUACUAGUGUGUCGCGAUCGUAAGUGCCCGACCCCGACGUUCGCCCUCGGAAACGAUCGUCCAGCAAGCGAAAGACCGCCGCUCUCCUCGGUGGGCUCCGAAGAAUUCUGCUGGCUCGUCGCAAUGGAAACUAGCCGGACGGAGCUGUUCAUGUGCUUCGCUUGAACUUCACCUUUCCUGUGGGAUUUUCGAAGUGCAACCGCUGCAGUUUCUGCGGCAGGAUUUUCACAAGAUGUCUUUCGUUCGUGUCGUGACCAUGGCUUUGUCGUGCGUGUGCACAUAUACUCGCUGCUGUGCAGUCUGCAAAUGACUUUGCGUGUGUCGCAGGGUUAAUGGUUGUCUACCGAAAGGAUUCCGCCAAGGUGGAGACCGAGAUCACAGCCACCACGGCUACCCCGGCUGAAAACGAGUCGGUGACGGCAUCGGAUGAAGCCGAUACCAUGAAGGCUGGUGUCCUGCCCGGGGACGUGACUCCGCCCACUCUAGUAGGGGGUGGGGCACCCCCGCAGCAGGCACUAGUGUUCUCACCGGCUGACGUGCCACUGCCCAAGUCCGGGGUGCCGCGAGCCAUUCUGACUUGUCGGCCUAACUCGCACCCAUUUCCGGAGCGAGUGCUCAACCUCGACCAGCCUGCCAAGGUUGGCCGUUCAGUGGCCCGGUGCCGGCAGGCACCCAACAAUGCCAUUUUCGACUGCAAGGUGCUCUCGCGAAACCAUGCCCUUCUUUGGUAUGAAAAUGGAAAAUUUUAUCUGCAAGACACCAAAAGCAGCAAUGGCACUUUCGUCAACAACCAGCGCCUAAGCAAAGGUUCUGAGGAGUCGCCGGCACAGGAAGUCUGCUCCGGUGACAUUGUACAGUUCGGUGUUGAUGUGGUGGAGAACUCUAGGAAAGUAACUCAUGGGUGCAUUGUGGCCACACUGCGGCUUUUCCUGCCUGAUGGGAAAGAAGCCAAAGCAAGCCCUUCCACGGCACUUAUUCCUGCUGGACCAGGGUCUUCCAUCACUACUCAGGAACUCUAUCAGCUGUCUCAGUGCAUCCAGGAGGCAUUACACAGGGAGCAGGUCAUCCAGAACAAAAUGGCCACACUUCAGCGUGUUGUCAGCAGCACCCAAGAGGCCAGCGAGAACAACUGGAAGGCCAUGAUCGAAGAAGAUCGCCUGCUCAACCGGAUUGAAACGCUUGAAGCACAGCUACAAACAUGCGCUAAGUCAAGCACUGAUGACAAGUUGAGAGAAGAAAUAACUCGACUACAGAAGGAGCGGGAGAGGUACGAAGAUACUGCAAAGGAGUCCUUGAAGAAAGCGUUACAGGAAAAGCUGGAAGCUCUUCGACGUGUGCAGGAGCUAGAGUACACAGCCUCCAAUAGUGAGGAUGAGUGUGCUCGACUGCGAGAAGUCUACGAAGCAGCUCAGAAAGAAAUUGGGGCCCUGGCAAACCGCGCUGAUAAGCAUCAAAAGGAAAUAGUGCAGCUGCAGACCCAGCUCAAGGAAGCCGAGGAGUUAAAUCAGACGAUGACUGAGGAGAAAACCGCUCUGGAGAAUCAAAUCCAGGAACUUCAGAAAGCUGAUCAGGUUCUUGCAGCAAAAAUUGAGUCUCUUCGAGCAGACAAUGAUUUUGCUAAGGAACAGUUAUCAGCCAUGAAAGCUCGCUUUGAUCAAGUGAAGAAAGCGCAGUACAUUGAAGAUGGCUUGGAAACAUUGAAUUCUAAGGAAAACAUGCCAAACCAUGAUGACUCAAAAGAUUCUGAAGAUGUGCUCUUUGAAAAGAGCCUUGCUGAUGAAAGCAUGAAAGAGUCUCCAACACAACCAGAGAAAGAAUCUGAGCUGUCGGAAAGCAAGGAGAUGGAAAUCAGCCUGAACUCCACUACGGAGACAACUCUAAUAGAGAAAGAAAUGACGCAGCGUGUGCUGUCGAAUGAACUCCAAGCUAAGGUCUGUGAACUGGAGGAACAGCUGGAACAGCUAAUUAGCUUGGAGGAUAAAGGAAGGGAUGAGAAUCAACGUAAUGUUGAAGAGCUACAGGCUGAAAUUGCUCAACUUCGGGAACUAUUGACUGAAUCUCGUGAGAAGAUAAAUGCUGCACAGCUUGAGCUCGCUGCUAUGAAAGAAGCACAGCAGAUGGCAAGGCAGGCUGGCACGGAGGAGCUGCAACCUCCGGAGCUCUCUGAAGAUACAUCUGCACUGAAGGCUCAGCUGUCUGCAGCAUCCAAGCAGGUUCAGGACCAGGUGUGCCAGAUCGUCAGGCUGCAAGGGGAGCUGUCACAGUCUGAACAGUCGCUGAGUGAGCUACGAGAACAGUUCAAUGCACAGCGGCAACAGCUGGCUGAACAUGAGCGGCACAGGCGUUUUGGUGAAGAAGAGCUUAGCAGCUUAGAGAAUCUCCUCGAAGAGGAAAGGAAAGCCCGGAGUCGGACAGAAGCCGCGUCAGAGGCUGUAAAGAAGCAACUUCACGAGGCCCAGAACAGUGCCAAGCAACACCAGAAUGAAGCGGAGCAUCUAAGGAAGAAAGUGCGGACUCUCACCGAAGAACUGCGCAACCGAGCCAACAUGGAGCGGUCUCUGACUCCUAACCACACUCAGGAAUCCCUUCAGGAGGAAUGUGAAGCGCUCCGUGUUCGCCUUAGAACAGCUGAAGAAGAGGCUACCAUGCAGCGGGACGAGAACGCCAAGCUCCUCGCUGAGUGUGAGCGGUUGCAAACAAGUUGCAGCGUUCUCGGAAUGCAGUCAUCCCUGCCGUCUGUACCGGGUGACCGAGGUGACAGGGGUGAUCGGGGUGACUGGCCAGAUCAGCUGGAGAAACUGCACCAAGAGGCCCAAAGUACGAGGCAGCAGCUCCAGGAGUCGGCUGAGGAGCUGGCCCUGCUCAAAGAAAAGUACUCAGUCUGUGCCCUGGAGAAAGCACAGCUUCAGCAGGAGCUGAAGGCCGUCAGUGACGAGCGCCAGCUGCUGCUGUACCAGUCUAAGGCGACAUCGGCCUGCUCAAUAAUCCCACUGUGCAUCCUUGUGCUGGCCAUUCUGUUGGGCUUUUACCCAACACUCUCCUACUUCACAGCCACGGCCGAGACUCCUUGAGGGCAUCGGCCACUGGUUCCAGGGCUUUCUCAAGCAAUGUUCGCGUGUGCUUCUGCCUGCCUACGUCAUUGCCGUGAGGCAACAGACAGCAUGAAGCAUCUUGAGCCUGAGUCAGCAGCUUUUUUGUUCUUCUGGUUGUGACCUUGCACAGUGAAGACACAGCUUUGAGGACAUGCUUCCCCACGGGUCCAUAGGCAGCUUCGACGUGCUCUGGUGGUGUGUGUAUGUGCGUGUGUGGGCACAUGUGUGCUAGUGAUUUUUGAAGCAUGCACUGACAUUGGUUGCUUUCAAAACGCUUGUCCGUCGUACAGAAUUGGCUUGCCUACCCCACCCCUCUCCAUUGUAAGUACAAACCCUUUACUUAGGUCUCGCACUAUUAAGUUGUCCCGGCUAAUUUUUCUGUUGUGUGGCCAUUUUCUAGCACCUUAGCGAGACCGCCAGGCGAGUUUUCAUUUGUGUAUGACAUGUUGGUGUGACGUGUUGCCGCAGUGGAUACUGGUCCAUUUGUGAGGGCGGGAGGCAACGCAUUACGCUUGAAGACCUUAAUUACACUGUGCUGGUGCAUCACAGGAAACGUCGUAUCGCUUAUGGAAUGGACUCGCCGCACCUUAGAGGGGCCUCCAGCUUUGCUUACUUGCCUUGUGUGUAUGUAUGGGCACUCGAUGUGCAAGUUUAAAUACAGUUCAACUCUCCAUCAGAGCUGCUACCACUAUUUUGUAGGGCAUAAUUCUUGUGUUUUAGGCAUUUAAAAAGCUCCUAUUUUUGUGUUGUCUAGAUGUAGGCUGCUGCAAACAGUCUGAAGUGAACAAAAUUGCCAAACACAAUGCUGCUAGCCUGUCUCAUCCUUAAAGUUUUGUUUAAUGCAUACAAAAUAAAUCCUUCUUCAGAGAUGUUUCUUCAAGCGCAUUGAAUGUUAGUGCCCCGGAACCUUAUUGACAAAAUGGGACCCACUUUGUUGUCGAGGUGCUGAUGUGUUUUGUUUAUGGCAUUGCAGUUUGCUGUGUCCAGAGAUAUAGAUUUACUACUGUUUACGAAACAACUGGUGCUGUUUAUCGCUUAUGUGCAUAGAUAUUUGCACAAUCUGGCCUGAAUGGAUUAUGUGCUCGUGUAGGAAUUUUAGUUUGGCAGCCAUGUUUAGGGUAGAUUGUAAAUUUGCAGAAGAAACUGCUUUCAUGACUAACAGCUUACUGCCCUCUCCAUCGUGCUGCCUUAACUUUUGUUUGUAAUAUUUGCUAACAGUGUUCCUUGGCCUCGCAACAAUGCACAAAGCUCACGCUUUGAAAUAGGACUCAGAUUUGCUUGUGCUUUCAGCAUGUGAUAUUUGUGUUCUCAGUGGGUUUUCUCCUGCGCUAAAAGUGUGAACUUACUGAAUGUACUUCACUUGCAAUUUGCACAUUUAUAUAGGGGGUUUUAAAGUCUUGCUGUAAAUUUUGCAAGCUUCAAGAACUGUUCAUUUCUUUAUAGUUAUAACAGAACAAGAAUGUUGCCAGCAGUCUUUGUGGUUAUUUUUUCUUUUCUUUUUUAUUUAAACCAUGCCUCAAUUUCUAGCCUUCAUUCUGGUUGACAUAUGCCAGGUGCCUAAACAGCCUUCAGGCGUUCGGGCCCUCACAAGUCCCUUUUCUCUUGCAUAAUCAAGCAGUGCUAUUUCAUGGAUAGGUCACACCCGUAUGUAGAUACAGAUUUGACUCCCCAAUGUGCCUGUACAUAGUAUAUUGACCUGUAGAGACGGAAAAGGACUGUCAAGUGCCAUCAUAUUUCGCAGUGCUAUCAGUUUUGUACAGAAAAGAAUAUAAUGCACACACAGACAUGCAGUCUUGUAACAUAGAAUAACAAAGCUUUAGCACUGGCUGUGUCUUUUUUUUUCUUUAACUGCAGCAUUGCUUUGUACCUGGACUUGGAGGUGCAACCAUUCUCUUAGGCAUUGUUUAGUAGCAGUGUCUGUGUGUAUUGUCUGAAAGAAGCCACCUGCUUUGGCUUAGCAGCAGCAAGCCCGCCCUACUCUGCGUGCUUACAGCUUCACUUGUCUGGUUAGGUUGGUUAAGUUGGUCGAGAUGGUUAAGGCUCAGUUAAGGCUUAUAGCUGUCCUGACUUUGUCAUUACAGCAAUACCUCAUCAAUUCAAAGUAUUUCAGGCCAUAACGAUUGUAAUACUCUCUAAGCUUUAAGAUUAUCUGCGAGGAAAAGCAAAAUGGUAGUGGCAUGAAACAUUAUAGGAAGUGUAAUGUUGAGUGAAUUCUAAGAUCUUCACUAUAGCACCCCUAAUAGUGAAGUGAUACUGUUCAAAUGCUACAUCAACCGUGGAAAUUGUAUGCCCCUGAUAAACAAAAAAAAAACAAAGUACUUAGUUCUAAACCAAGCCAAAGUGGCAUCAGUGCUAACCACAUGUAUUUUAUACAUUUAUAUUGCAAUGCAAUAUUUGUCCAAGUGCAUGAUCAGGUUAACAAGCUUGGCAUGAAAGGCCUCCAAAAAAAAAGGUUGCACUAGUAAUCUCAGUGGGACGUCUGAACUGUGGGUCAUUUGAACAGAGUAAGUAGACGAGACUCCAUUUCCAAGGAGCUGUCAGAUGUACUGUCACUUUUCCUUUGCUAGAGAAUAGAUAACAUCUAUCGAUGCACAAAAAUUUAGUAUAAUAUUUCAAUCAUGUGAAAUCACUAUUUCUCUCUUUUCAUAGCCAUAGAAUGUGCACUUUAACGAACAAUUACAAACAGCACUAGUCUAAACAGUGCAAUAACUUGUUUCUGCCUCUGCUGGAAAAUGAAAUUCAAAGCCAGUGAACUGCAUUCGAGAGAACCUUUGCAAUUAGUGAGUGGCUUACACCAAAUAGCUCUGGUCUUGCCGAGCUAAAUGUGCUCAUCUGUGCUAAAGCACCUUGAUGUGAAGUGUAGUUGGCAAGGCUCGGCAGGUUGGGUGGGCUUGGUGCACGCCAAAGGUGAGAAUGGAAAAAAAGUUUGUGUGACGCCGCUGCUGGGCUCCCUUAGUCACAGAAAGGGGGGACGCCUGUAGCAAAUACUGUAGACUUACUGGUUGUCAUUCCCACUACUACUUCUAGCUUCACUGCUGAAUGCAGCAGUCAGUGUGCUUUUGUUGAGAUAACCUGCUACAGGAGCUUUCAAUUAUUGCUAAUUUAUGCAAGUUAACCGAUCAUUGCCCAGUUGCAAUUUGUAAUGUUGUUGCCAAGGUUGUGUUGUUUAAGAGUGUGUUCCGUUUUGUUCCGUUCUUGCCACCUCCCUCACCCUGGCAUUAGAGCUAACUUGGCCAUAGGUUGGUUAGGUAACAUAGCUUGAUGUCUGCAAAGAGGUAACUUAGCUGACACAUUUUGCCGUUUCUUUUUUGUGCAUGUGUGUCUGUGAUUUCAAUGCUUUGAAGUUGUUGUUAGUCCAUGUAUGUUGCACAUAUGUAUAUGUAUAUUCUUUUUUUGGAACAAGAGCAGUAUUUGUGUUCCCCUUUUUUGUUUUAUGUUGCCUCUUCUUGUAAUAUAAUGUUCAUUUCCCUUCCUUGUAAAAGAUCUGCACUGAAGAGCUCAGUCUGCUUUAAAUGAAAGUUGAAGCAUUACACUAUAAUACAGCCAGCAAAAAAGCUGAAUAAAGUUGUGUGACGAACCUGCA